GGGCGGGCGGGGUCCAAUGGGUGCCGGCUCCCGAGGAGAGGGCGGAGGAGAGGAGGAAGGAGGCGGACUCUGGGCCCCGGCCCCAUUCAUUGCCGCGGCCGGCGGGGCGAGGGUCCCGUGUUUUCGGAGUCAUGGAGGCGCUAAUUCCCGUUAUCAACAAGCUCCAGGAUGUCUUCAACACGGUAGGCGCCGACAUCAUCCAGUUGCCUCAGAUCGUCGUGGUGGGAACGCAGAGCAGUGGAAAGAGCUCAGUACUAGAAAGCCUGGUGGGGAGGGACCUGCUUCCCAGAGGCACUGGUAUUGUCACCCGGAGACCUCUCAUUCUGCAGCUAGUCCAUGUUUCACCCGAAGAUAAGCGAAAAACAACAGGAGAAGAAAAUGACCCUGCUACAUGGAAAAACUCAAGACACCUUUCUAAAGGGGUUGAAGCAGAAGAAUGGGGUAAAUUUCUUCACACCAAAAAUAAGCUUUACACGGAUUUUGAUGAAAUUCGACAAGAAAUUGAAAAUGAAACCGAAAGGAUUUCAGGAAAUAAUAAGGGAGUAAGCCCUGAGCCAAUUCAUCUUAAGAUUUUUUCACCCAAUGUUGUCAAUCUGACACUUGUGGAUUUGCCAGGAAUGACCAAGGUGCCUGUAGGUGAUCAACCUAAGGAUAUUGAGCUUCAAAUCAGAGAGCUCAUUCUUCGGUUCAUCAGUAAUCCAAAUUCCAUCAUCCUUGCUGUCACUGCUGCUAAUACAGAUAUGGCAACAUCAGAGGCACUUAAGAUUUCAAGAGAGGUAGAUCCAGAUGGUCGCAGAACCUUAGCUGUAAUCACUAAACUUGACCUCAUGGAUGCGGGUACUGAUGCCAUGGAUGUAUUGAUGGGAAGGGUUAUACCAGUCAAACUUGGAAUAAUUGGAGUAGUUAACAGGAGCCAGCUAGAUAUUAACAAUAAGAAGAGUGUAACUGAUUCAAUCCGUGAUGAAUAUGCUUUCCUUCAAAAGAAAUAUCCAUCUCUGGCUAAUAGAAAUGGAACAAAGUAUCUUGCUAGGACUCUAAACAGGUUACUGAUGCAUCACAUCAGAGAUUGCUUACCAGAGUUGAAAACAAGAAUAAAUGUUCUAGCUGCUCAGUAUCAGUCUCUCCUAAAUAGCUAUGGUGAACCUGUGGAUGAUAAAAGUGCUACUUUACUCCAACUUAUUACCAAAUUUGCCACAGAAUAUUGUAACACAAUUGAAGGAACUGCAAAAUAUAUUGAAACUUCAGAGCUAUGCGGUGGUGCUAGGAUAUGUUAUAUUUUCCAUGAGACUUUUGGGCGAACUUUAGAAUCUGUUGACCCACUAGGUGGCCUUAACACUAUUGACAUUUUGACUGCCAUUAGAAAUGCUACUGGCCCUCGCCCUGCUUUGUUUGUGCCUGAAGUUUCAUUUGAGUUACUGGUCAAGCGGCAAAUCAAACGUCUGGAAGAACCCAGCCUGCGUUGUGUGGAACUGGUUCAUGAGGAAAUGCAAAGGAUCAUUCAGCACUGUAGCAAUUACAGUACACAGGAGUUGUUGAGGUUUCCUAAACUUCAUGAUGCCAUAGUUGAAGUAGUGACUUGUCUUCUUCGUAAACGGUUGCCUGUUACAAAUGAAAUGGUCCAUAACUUAGUGGCAAUUGAAUUGGCUUAUAUCAACACAAAACAUCCAGACUUUGCUGAUGCUUGUGGGCUAAUGAACAAUAAUAUAGAGGAACAAAGGAGAAACAGGCUAGCAAGAGAAUUACCUUCAGCUGUGUCACGAGACAAGUCUUAUAAAGUUCCAAGUGCUUUGGCACCUGCCUCCCAGGAGCCCUCCCCUGCUGCUUCUGCUGAGGCUGAUGGCAAGUUAAUUCAGGACAGCAGAAGAGAAACUAAAAAUGUUGCAUCUGGAGGCGGUGGGGUUGGAGACGGUGUUCAAGAACCAACAACAGGCAACUGGAGAGGAAUGCUGAAAACUUCAAAAGCUGAAGAGUUAUUAGCUGAGGAGAAAUCAAAGCCCAUUCCAAUUAUGCCAGCCAGUCCACAAAAAGGCCAUGCUGUGAAUCUGCUGGAUGUGCCUGUUCCUGUUGCACGAAAACUAUCUGCCCGUGAACAGCGAGAUUGUGAGGUCAUUGAACGACUCAUCAAAUCGUAUUUUCUUAUUGUCAGAAAGAAUAUUCAAGACAGUGUGCCAAAGGCAGUAAUGCAUUUUUUGGUUAAUCAUGUGAAAGAUACUCUUCAGAGUGAGUUAGUAGGACAGCUGUAUAAAUCAUCCUUACUGGAUGAUCUUCUGACUGAAUCUGAGGACAUGGCACAGCGCAGGAAGGAAGCAGCUGACAUGCUGAAGGCAUUACAAGGAGCCAGUCAAAUAAUUGCUGAAAUCCGAGAGACUCAUCUUUGGUGAAGAGAAUUAUAUAAUACUGAGACUUUGUUGACUCGAAAUCUGCUAGUUACUGCCUACUUGAGUAGAAUUUUAUUUAUGAACUCCUGUGUAUUGCAAUGGUAUGAAUCUGCUCAUGUGAAGAGACUGGCUAUAAACUGAAAAUUUUACUCUGUAUUGCAGAACAAAUCAUACAUUUAAUCCAAAUAAUAAAUGGCUGUUUCUCAAGUUGCCUAGUACAUACAAAAUACAUCAAGUCUUUCUUGUGACUGUUUCAUUUGAACUUAAAAAGAGCUGUUAAUGUUCUAGUUGUACAAGCAGUUUGCCUGUGGAUAAGAUGACCUGUGUAAUGUUAGUUAGUAGUCUUAAAGCUGCUGCCAUAGUCCUUCAAGAACGCACCAAGACACCAUUUCCUACAACUGUAAUGCAUGCACAGUAUAAAACUGGUCUGGCUUUGAAAGAUGAUGUGAGUUGAUGAGUUACUCAAAGUCACUGUAUUCCAUCUGUCCUUCGAUUUAUAGUUUUAUUGAGCUUCUCUGCAACCUUUGAUGUGUUAGUAAGAAAGAUCUGGAACAUUGACAGUGACGCAGUAUGCAUAAUGUGUAGCCACGCAGCCCUUUCACUUCUGGGCCCACAUUGCCCUAGUGUGUUAAAAAUCAAAAUAUCUUUGAUCCUUUUGUAAACCUGGAAGCAUGAAUUACAUUUUCCUGCAUUAAAAACAAUCAUCUAGACUUGAUUUUCAAAUAUAAUAAUUCAGAUACACCUUUAAAUUAGGUCACUUAGACCAUGCUCCAAGAUUCACUUGGAGGUGGGACUUAAAACCAAAUCCUGUGCUGAUCAUUGAAGUAUAUCUUCUCUAUUGGUAAAGAAAAGUAACUUUUACUUCACACCAACAAAAUACAUUAGAAAAUACUGGUGAAACUCUCUAUAAUAAAUAAUCUAAAGAAAAAUACCUGGACACAGCCACACAUCUGAAGGCUUAGACUACUAAAAUGCAUUCAGAGGUUGGGGGUGAGGUUUACAACAUAUUCAUAUUUUAUUAAAAUUCCCCAGGUGAUUCUUGAUAUGAAUUACAUUAUAAAUUUUGAGACAGGUCAAAAUCCUUAAGGCACCUAGCUCCAUCUCUAACAGAUACUAUAUCUGUGAUACAUAAUUUACUGAACAUGUUAACAUUUCUCAAGUUAUGACAUAUAUGAAGGACUCAUGGCAGGCAACAUGUCUGUUAACUUGAGCUUAUGGCACCCAUUUACUAGCAAACAACAGGCUCAGCAACUGAUCUCAAACAUAAACAGUCUUCUAGGAUUGGUACUAUUCACAAAGUAGUACCGUAUCUUGAUAGAAUGCACACUACCUAAGUGUCCGUUAGCACACACUUUAAAGUCACUUUGCCAUUCUUCAACAUCAGUAUAGCCAUCCAUGAUUUAACCUCAGAUACAUCAGAUGACUACCAUUUCAGCCUUUUGAAUUUGUAAGGGGGGAAAAACUUACCAUUCUCCACUCUAUCAAACAUUUCAAAUUGAAGAUGUUACCUUUAAAGAUAGGCUAUGGUACCAUACUUGCUGGCACUACACACCUUGUGCAAGGAAAGCAAAAGCAAGAAAGGUAAGGGAAGUUACAAAACCUUCCUUUACUGGCUCUCAAACUGAGUGAAGCUCUGGUCUGUUGAGACGAUCUGACGUUUACAGUGGACACCUGUAUGUUCUUGCUAUGUAAAUAAAAUUGCUGGUAUGUAUGA